ACUUCAGAGUCUUCGAAGAUUUUUGAUUUGGCAACUCUACGUUUAGUGAACAAAAUGAAUAUCUAAAUGUUACAAAAAGUUCCCUAAACGCGCAUUAUUGUGGCUAGCGAUGUAUCAGCUGUACAAUCAUGUGAGCAUGCAAUGCCUGGCAUUCUCGUACACAAGAGCGAUAUGAUGCUUAUUAUAAUGCGUACAACAUGCAUUCGAUUGUUAAUUGUGAAUGGUGCCUGGUGACCCUGUAUCAUUUUGAAACCAUUUGAAAAAGGUUUUGAUUUGUAGAGAAAUAAUCGGUAAAUAGUGUAGCGAAAAUAAUAUUACAAUAAUUGUCAUUAGGCAUUGAAGGAUUGCAAAUAGGUCUCUACACAUAAUGUACAUAUCGUCAAUUACUUCAUAUUUCAGUAAUAAGCAAGCAUUACCCUCUCAACUGAUACAAAUAUUAUAUGGGGUUGCCGGGCAUCUAAAUGUAAGACACUUAUAAAAGAUAGCUUAUCUUUACAUCGGAUAUCUUAUUAUUUGAGGGGCGGUAUUCACAGUUCAAGUUUUUAAACAUUAAGCGCUCUCUGACGUCACUCUUUUCCCAUAAUUCUCUGAUAGGUGGCACUGUUUUAAGCGUUUUCUUUGUUGAGCGCGCCGCCAGCCGAGCAGUCAUUGUUUAGUUUUAAUUUAAGUAAAUUUCCUUAAAUGUUCAUGAUAAUAUUAGAAAAAUUAUGUACUUUGAAUAAAAUUAAUAAAAUUAAAAUAUUUCAGAAAAUAUGAGAUACCUUACUUAAUAAAUGCCUUUAAUUAGGCCUAAAAAUACAUUUGGUUCGGGUUACCCGACCCUACCUACGAAAUAGGCUCCAACCCUACCGUUUUUAUAGUCAGUUUGAAAAAAAAAAUGAGAAACUAAAAAAAAGAAAGUUUUAUUGCUUUUCAAAAUGUAGUUUAAAACCUUGAAUGCUUUGUACAGAAGAUUACUUUAACACCAGUCUCCAAUGAUGAAAAUGACAUUCUUAUAUAAAGCCCAAUGCAAUAAAAUAAAAUAAAAAAGCCUACCUACCCUACCUAUUUUUGAAAAGGAUGUAACCAUAACCAAACCUUUUUUAGGCCUUAGGAAAUGAAUUUUGUGGACACCGACUCUGGACAUUUCAAGAGUCUGUUUGUUUUCAGUGUUGUUCAUGUGUGGUAUAUUUUGAUUCUCCUAAUCAUACAACAAUUGCAGACUUGCAGAAAAUGAAAACAAAACAAAAAUCGAUUAAUAUUUAUAAUAUACUCCCAGUUCCAUUUUCUUGUUUACCUAUUGUUAAACCUUUCCAAGAUCACAUCUAAUUUUAAUGAACAUCCAUAGCUACAUUAACUACAGCUUUGUUCAUUCAUAUGAGCAAACAUUGUUUUGUGUCUUUCAAACAUUUUUAAGCUUUACUGCAACUUUUCAACAGCAUUGUAAAUUACUUUUAAUGCAGUUGAGUUUGGAGUUACAUUUUCCUUUUGCGAAUCAGGUUUCUGUACCAUAUAGUCCAAACGCAGUUGUAAAACGAUACUUGACGAAUUAGUUUGAUUUUAAACAAAACAAUUGUAACCAAGCAAAACCAAACGGCUUCAAACGCAAUUAAUACAUGAUCAGGAUGAAAACAUGAUCAGGAAUAUUUGGUAAAAUGAAAAUACAAGGAAUUUCUCCUAAACAUAGCUUUGGGCUUAUUUUGGUGCUUGCCCGAACGUCACUGGGUGGGGAAUGUUGUAAUGGAUAUCAUGACCUGAGUGGUGAGUACCAUGGCUCCCAGUGGUGCUCCGACUUGUGCUGCGGAAGUUCCAAACUUGGGCUGCUAAAUUGUUGCAACACGCCCAUCCUCACCGCACCAGACACCGAUAAGUCCACCACAUGUGGGAAAUUCUUUAAGGAGCCUCAGGAUAUAUGGAUACCGAUUGUGAUCGGGCUGGGAGUAGUGGUAUUCCUGGCUGGUCUGGGCAAGGCCAUCGCCUGCUGUUGCCAAUACUGUGACAAACGGAGCGGAACAAACGGAGUACAGCCACAGGAAACUCCAACUCCGCCCAGUGAGGCCCGAACAGAAGAUUUCCAUCACAAACAAACACCACCGAUAUCACAUGUGCGAACACUUCAUGUCAACUGUUAUUCCGGAAGCCAGUAUUCCGGAUACCUGGUGAAAUACAACAACGCGCAUGCGCAACAAGCAUGGGUGCCACUUGGAUCAGAACAUGAAAAGGAGUGACGUUCGAACAUGUGUAUCUUGCGUGUACAUGUUUUUAAGUAUGUUAAAAUGUUCUGAAAAAAAUGUUAUUUUUCGUGGUCUUAAUAGGAUAACAAGUUGGCCUCAAAUGAUGAUGGCCACAGCUGACAUUAUUGUUUAAUUAUUUAAGCUGCACUCUCACAGAUUGACAGUUUAAACAUGUUUUUGUUUGUUAUUUUUUUAUCUCAGGAUCAGAUGAUUUUAGCACCAAUGUUUCAAUUUAGUCAUAUAAGAUAACUCACAAUAGAACAGAUCUCAAUUGUUUAAAAAACCGGCUGAAAACUUCAAUUUUCAUAAAGCGUAAGUAACGCUUUAACCAACAAACCAUCAGUUUUUGACCAUAAAAUAUGAAGAACCGCGAUAUAAUAUUUAGACAGCCAUCUUAUAGCACUGGUUUUCAGACACUUACGCAAAAAUUGGCUCAUUCCAAGACAAAAUAAAAAAAAUGUCAAAAACGGGCAAUUCGUUAUAGUGCAGCUUUAAAAUUAUUACCUUGAUAUUAAGGUCUUGUUAAGUGAAGAAACACAUGAACAAAACUGUAUCCUGUUAGCACAGUGAUUGGCGUACCCGUUUUUCACCAAUGCGUCCCCAGUUCGAUUCCCGGCCUUUCCGUAUGUAAGUUUGGUUUGUGGUCACCAAGCCGGACAUUUUGAUUUUCUCGGGUUCUCCGGUUUCCCACACAACUCAACUACACUCUCGCGCAACAUCGUGAUAAUGACCAUGACUUAGUAUAGUUUAAUAUAACUUUUUCACAAUCGUAAAAUAAAGCCAAUUUUAACUCAAAGAUGCAUUGUUACUCCCAA